ACCCAAAAUAACAAUAAUCACAUUAGCAGACGAAGAAGAGCGCUAGGCGUUAGCUUAGCUUGUCAGACAAACGUAGUUAGAGAAAUCAUCCAAUGCCUGGUUAGUUGGCUGCACUUAUCGAAAAAAAAUCAUAUGCUGCGAAAGAGAGGGAAGGUCAUAAUAAACAGUCCCUGACAGAGACCGAGCCCGCUUUCAACAUAAUGGAGAAACAGUUGCAUCUGAAUCUGUUAGCUUCCAGACCUCCUAUGGCAGGUGGUUUUCAGUCCAGCUCCAAAAUGAAAAUGGGACCUGGACGGAAGAGGGAUUUCUCCCCUCUGCCCUGGAGCCAGUACUUUGAAACCAUGGAAGAUGUUGAGGUGGAAAGUGAAAAUGGAAAGGAUAUUUUUAGAGUUUACUGCAGUGGGUCCCAUGGUCCUGUGCUGCUCUUGCUCCAUGGAGGAGGCCACUCUGCUCUCUCCUGGGCAGUGUUCACAGCUGUGAUAUACAGCAGAAUUACCUGCAGGGUGGUGGCAAUGGAUCUUCGAUCUCAUGGUGACACCAAAGUGAAAAAUCCUGAUGAUCUGUCUGCAGACACAAUGGCCAAGGAUAUCGGCAAAGUGGUGGAGGCACUUUAUGGAGAGAACCCUCCCCCCAUCAUGAUUAUUGGACACAGCAUGGGUGGGGCCAUUGCAGUUCACACAGCAAAUGGCAAUCAUGUACCAUCCCUGCUCGGCCUCUGUGUCAUUGAUGUUGUGGAAGGUACUGCAAUGGAUGCUUUGAACAGUAUGCAGAAUUUCCUCAGAAGUCGGCCAAAGACAUUUAAAUCGCUGGAGAAUGCCAUCGAGUGGAGUGUGAAGAGUGGCCAGAUCCGAAACAUGGAGUCAGCACGAGUGUCAAUGGGAGGACAAGUGAAAAAAUGUGAGGAAUCCACCAGCCGCCCAGGUGUGUCUAACAGCAUUGGUGAAGGUAUUAUAGAAGAGGAUGAGGAAGAAGAAGCAGAAGAAGAAUCCAACAAGAAACGAAUGAAGGAAGAUGAUCAAGAGGUAAAAAAGGAAAGCAUCUUCACUUGGCGAGUGGAGCUGUCACGAACAGAAAAGUACUGGGAGGGCUGGUUCAGAGGCCUGUCUGCUCUCUUUCUUGCCUGCCCUGUCCCAAAACUGCUUCUGCUUGCAGGAGUGGACAGGCUUGACAAAGACCUUACUAUUGGACAAAUGCAAGGGAAGUUUCAGAUGCAGGUUCUUCCUCAGUGUGGUCAUGCUGUUCACGAGGAUGCGCCUGAAAAAGUAGCAGAUGCUCUAGCAACAUUUAUGGUCCGGCACAAAUUCACUGAGUUUAAAGAGGGAUUCCUGUGCUAAUUUACAGUUUUCAUUCUAAAGAAAGCCAGCAGCCAUAGAAGAAAUGUUCCAAGAUUCAUCUGCAUCAUCCUACAGUUUAAACGCAAAAUAAGACUAUAGAGCAAGUAUUAUUAUUAUUAUUAUUAUUAUUAUUAUUAUUAUUAUUAUUAUUAUUAUUAUUAUUAUUAUUAUGUAGAUACUUUGCCUUUCAGCUUUGCCUUAUUUUUGUCUUAAUACUGGGAUUUUUUUUUCUUUUCCUUUUACUAUUUUUUUAUUUCUGAAAUGUAAAGCUUUUUUUGUUGAAUGUUUUGAGUGAUAGCAUCGUUUUGUGUUUGUAAUAUUUGAAUUGAAACAAUGAAUAAAGACUGAUGCAGGAAACACUGUCAUUGAACUGCACAUACUGUA